AUGGCGGACAGCAACGCCCGCUUCUUCCGAUGCCCCGAGAAUCAAUCGUACACUUUCUAUCCAGUGCCACCUGCCCGAGUAAAGACCCUGCGACGGCCAGCAUCUCUUUCUAGUUGCAACACUAGUGUGACUAUCGUCGAUACCGAGCCCAAUAACGAUUCUCUACUAGAAGAGUACACCAGCAAGCUUAUCGAACGGCUUGAAGCAUGGGACAGAGUCCAGAAAGCGAAUACAGCCCAGAAUCUUACCACCCAAUCCGCCCGAAUUAACUUCUUGGAGGAAGCACUCCAGGCUGAAGUACGCCGCAACAAAGCCCUCAAAGUACACCUAGCUAGGCAGGGGCGCCAGAUCAAAACAUUACAGCAAACUAUUAAAGACUUAGAGCGUGAUCGCAAGGAUUCCACUGAUACUACCACGAGGUUGGUGCAAAAACUAGAGCGGGAGGUGGAGAUCUUAAUUCAAAAUCUGUCUGAAACUACAUUUCUCAACAAUACGCUCAAGAAUCAGAAUAAGAAUCUACAGGAGGUGAAUCGGCAGACUUUUCUCAGAGUGGGUGAACAUAAGAACCUCUUAGAGGCCUUAUGUGUUAAGUUGAAUGUUGAUGUAAAUAAAAUUAUGCGUGAUGUUGUGAAGGACCAAGGCAUAAGCCUUCCAGCGGGUUGGAAGAAAUAA